UGGUCAGAAAUUUUGAAGAAUUUAGCUCUUUAUGUUCAUGUGACCCACUAAAGGAUGUAUAUGGUGACUUGGAUUUAUUUUGCGUCCACCCAACUUACGGUGCGUUAAUGGACCUCUCGCUUAAUAAUGACUAUGAGUUCGCUCUCUGACAAUUUGGUUGCUUCGGAUCCCUCUAAAUCGGCAUUUUUGGAAUUCGGUCACGGCUACCCACCUCACCAACAGCACUCUCCCGGCUUGUCUCACGGACAUUAUUCCGUUCAUGGGUUGCAUCCGGGUGGACAUUCGCAGCACGACACUCCUUUCUCCACCGGCGCGUCCUCUUAUGGUCGCUCUCUUGGUUACCCCUACCCGGCCACGGUAGGCGCUCAUCAUCCGAGUGCGUACCUUCCAUACCAGCCUAGCCACAACAGCGGUUUGGGGCACACAAGAAUCGAAGACUCAGAUCACGAAAAGCCAACUGUCAUUGAAAACGGAGAAAUUCGUCUGAACGGCAAAGGAAAGAAGAUUCGCAAGCCACGGACGAUCUAUUCCAGUUUACAACUCCAGGCCUUAAAUCAGCGCUUUCAGCAAACACAGUACCUAGCUCUGCCUGAACGCGCCGACCUUGCUGCAAAAAUGGGUCUGACACAAACUCAGGUUAAGAUUUGGUUCCAGAACAAACGCUCAAAGUACAAGAAGAUUAUGAAGCACGGCUCGAGUGGACCUGAAGGGGAGCACCUCCACGCCAUCUCCUCCGCUCCGCCCUGCUCACCCGGAAUGCCACCGCUCUGGGACGUUUCUAUGACUACCAAAGGAGCCCCCAUGCAUUCUGGUGGAUAUAUGAACUCUUUCAGUCACUGGUACCCUGGUCAUCACCAAGACUCUAUGCCUAGGACUCAAAUGAUGUGAUAGGGAGCAUCUACCAUACAACAUGCUAGCCCAGCUCCUGGGUGUCCUCUCCGUGUGCCUUUCUAUUGACGCUGUUGAGAGAGCAACUGCCUUUAAGAUGUGGAUGCAAACCCAUUUCUGUUUUUUUGACGUACGCAGGAAUGCUUCAGUAUGAAGGUUGUAAACAGUUCUGAUGUUGCUGAAUUUCCAUCUUGACGGUUUUUUUUUUGGUGAAAUCCAAAUGACUUUUCCACUGAAACAGAUGUUGACUCCACUUUCAUUGGACAGAUGGCGUUUUGUGUCCAGCUGCCUUUGACAUGAAUUUUGUUUGCUAACACAAGUUUGAAAUACCUUCUAAACUUACUUUUGCUCAGCUGAUUUUGAUAUGUGGAGCAAAACUAUUAACACAACCAACUGCUUGCAAAAAUCUGCUUAUCUAUCAGGUGGAAACAUUCUGAUCCGAUUUCAUCUUGAAUUUGUUUAUGUUUAUGCUUGUUUUGUUUUCUUAAUCUGUAGCAUCAGAUUAGGGUUCUCUAGUAAGUUUACAUUAAAUUACACUUAUUGUCCCGACAUAGUUUGUCAAAAAUGUUUUGUCUCAUAGUUUUUCCUUUUUUUUUAUUUUUUAUUCUUUUACAGGAAUUGCUAUUUUACAUUAUAAUGUCUCAGACUAUUUCAUAGACAAUAAAGAAAAUAUUUGUGGUAUAUUCAGUUUUAGUUCAUUUUGUAUGUAGCAUUGUUGAUCAAAAUGCUUGGAAGUGUGUUCUCGGAACUCACAGGAAAUCAUAUAAGCAAUAACCUAAAGCCAUUUCUUAGAUAUAAAAGAUAUAAAAUGGGCAUAUUUCAUAGGCAUUAUCUAGAUAUUUGUAUUGUAUGCCAUGGCAGAGUUCUAACUUAAGUCCUUGUGGCCAGAAGUUUAUUUAUUUAGAAUUCAUCACUAAUCUCACCAUGUGUAACAGGUGAUAGCAGAGUAUCAAUUUUAGUCAUAGAGUAUGACACAUCAAAAUGAAGAGAUGUGGUCCCAUUUUUUCUUUCUAGACAACAUCUGUACAAGCAAUGGGGGUCUUAUUUGAGGAAUUCCUUAAGCUUUGUAAAAUGCUCACGUCAAUUAAAGGUCAUUUAGGGCACGGUUGUUAAAUGGAGCUUUCACUCAGGCAGUAUAAUUACUAGCAAUUUGCAGACUACAAAUGUCUCUUUUAGUAUGAAAAGGGUCCACGGGGAAGGCCCGAUAGAGACGUCCUCUACAAACUGUUGGGGGAUGGAAAGGAUUCGCCACUGCGCGGAAUCAAAUGCAGGUGUGAUGCUGAUAGACCUAGGAAAAGCUGAGAAAGGGAAAGAAUGGGAACUAAAAGUGCUGUGAAGGUAAGAAAUGACCCUGUUACAUUAGCCUACUCACUGGCUGACAUUAUGCGUGAUUCCUCUUUGUCGAGCGUUCCAUGACCAGUUAUAUCUUUCAAAACACACAUUAUUUAUAGAUUACAUAUUUCAAGACUCAAGACUUGCUGUCAUGAUACCGUUUUAAUAGUAGCCAUUGCAGACUUAAAAUAUAUACACUGAACUCGGAACGGACAUAUACCCGUAAUUGAACAAAUGUCC